ACUUUUUUGCCUGCCAAUUUUCAAAAUGGAGAAAUUAAAUCUUCCAGAGAAAUACAGUUAUAAAAUAAUUGAGAUUGAUGAGAAUAGAGCUAUUUUUUGCAUUUCUGAUCUUGUAAAUAAAGAAUCAGCUCAGGAAUGGAUUAAAGAAUAUGAACAAAGAUCGGAAACAGUUUGGCGUGUUCAGAGAACACAUAAAUCAACUGGACGCCUUAAUGUUUAUAAAGGUGACUUUAGAUGCCAGCACAAUGUGCAACAGGUAUCAAAACAUGUGAAAGAAAGUAAAAAUACUGGAUGCCCUGCAGUUCUUAAAAUUACUAUUCAAAGGUAUUUUUCACUGCCAAAACACAAAGAUCCACUCCCAGAAGUUAUAGAGUUUCCUGCAUUAUGUGAGCUUCUGUACUUGCAUAAUCAUUUGCUUGACAGUGCUGCUGUUAAAAAGUUCAGGCCAUUAUCAAACCUAACGCAAAAGCGUCUGAUAGAAUUGUUUGAAUUAGGACAUACUGCAGCUACUGCAAGACAGAUGUUGCAAAUGGAAUUAGAGCUUCAGAGUAAUGAAGAUUAUGUAGAAGCAUGCAUGGACAGUUCUAAGCUACCUUCAUUAUCUGUCGUAAAUCACUUGUUAAAUAAUGAAUUUAGGAAAAUCUAUGGAUCUCGAAGAGAAAGUGAUAUUGACAGGGAAGUUGAAAAAUAUAUUUCCUCAUACAAUCAACAGCCAUUCUGUAAAGCUGCUUUUUCAAAAGUAAAGAACAGUUUGGCGAUUGCUGUAGUGACGCCGAUAAUGAAGCGAAGUAUAGAUUUACUUAGCAAUGUUCAAGAAAUGAUAAUGCUUGAUGCAUCUAGCCACAUGGACAGACUAAAUCAUCGUGUUUAUUUUUUUAUUUCUCCAGGUGUAGCUGGUGGAAUACCUAUUGGCUGCAUUAUCACAAAUGCAGAAGUUAACUAAUAUUUUUCGUGAAGGAGUGAAACUUCUUUGUGAGUGUUUCCCUGAGAAAUGCUGUUUAUUGCAAAAUGGGCCACUGAUUGUAAUGACAGAUGAUGAUCUGAAGGAAAGAGAAGUUCUGAGUAAAAUAUGGCUGAAUUCUACUUACUUACUCUGUCAGUUUCAUGUGCUAAAAGCAGUGUGGCGAUGCUUAUGAACAGUGAAAAUAAAGUUCUAAAAGAGCACCGUCAAAAAUUAUAUUUUUCCUUUAAAUCAUUGAUGUAUGCAGAAACUGAAAUGCAACUGAAAGAGUUGUUUCAAAAUAUGUUGGAGAAUAGUACAGUCAGGAAAUAUGACAAGUUCAUCAUAUAUUUGAGCAAGUUGUUCUCCAAAAAGCAUUUAUGGUGCACUUGUCAUAGAAAAAUGCUUUUAACCAGGGGAAACAAUACAACAAACUAUGUUGAAAGUUUGUUCAAAGUUUUAAAAGAGACCAUACUUGGACGAGUGAAAGCAUUUAGCUUAGUUCAAUUAUUGGACUUCAUUGUCACAAAAUUUGAGAAGUAUCUACAUAGUAGAUAUUUAGAUUUUAGUUUUGGUCGUUCUAACAAAAAACUAGUAAAAAGGUUUUUGCCUGAUGAUAAAGGAAUAAUUCAGAACAUCAGAUCACUAAAUAAAGAUAACACUUAUUUUGAAAUUGAUCAACAUUUUGUUGAUUUGGAAAGUUCCAUUUGUACUUGCUUUGUUGGCAUGAAUGGAAAGCUUUGCAAGCAUUUAAGUUCUGUGAUUUUGGAACAAAAUAAACAAUCAACAUUUGUCUAGAAAGUAGAAAAUUAAUGUAUGAAGUGGCUACUGGGAAAAAAUUGGAUUCAAAUAGCACCCUCUUGCUACCUUUAAGUUUUAACCCAUCACACAAUUUUCCUUCUUCUCAGUCUGAUGAUGCUCUACAACCACAAUUUUCUUCUACGGUACUUCCACAUUCAUCUAACGAUAUACUUUCACAAUUUAAUAAUAAUACACUUAAACAUUCUUCAAAUGACACGCUUUCACCUAGAGAUAUUGACACAUUUUCACAGCCUUGCAAUCAUAUAACAUGGUUCUACCAACUAUAAACACUACUUCACAGCCCAUUGCAGCUACAUGUCAAAACUCGGACAGUGAAACAGAUGAUGAUGAUGGUGAUUAUUUACAAAAAUUUGAUGAUAUAAUUAAUCGGAUUACAUCCGGUUACAAAAAUAAUCCUGAUGUUUUUAAGCCAGCAAUAAAAAAAAUGGUGUAGAAUGUUAACAAGUUUGGAAAAACAGAAACUGGAUUGGUGUCUGCCUUGCAUAACUUUGGAAGGUACUUUUUUAAACUUAUUUUUGUAGGCUUGUUAAGUUUACAUUAGAAAAUUCGCAAGAUAGAAAAUAAGAUUUAAUGUGUAACAAUUUAAUGUUUAUAUUAUAUUGUAGCAAAUUAAUUUUAUUAUUUUUAAAGACUAAACUUUUUUAAAUCCAGUUUUGAAGGGUGUUUAGCUUUAGAUUUCUUAAUUGUUUGAUGUUUUUCUUUUAAUUUUUAUUGCUGUAAAAAUUGAAACUGAAAGAGUGAUACAUUUACUACAAUAUACAUUCAAUACAAGAAUCUAAAAAUGUAUUGUUAAAAUUUUAGCUAAACAGUGUAUGGGUUUUUAUUAAUUUUAUUUUAAUGUUCUCUAAAGUAUAAUUAAUGUUUAUGUUAUGGGUUAAUACUAACAACUUUUUUUACACCACAUUUAAAGAGUUUAGCGAAAGAAAGUGUCAAAUAACAAUUUAAAAACUUAUACAUUCAUCAUUUAUAAUAUGGUAGGAUAUUAUUCUAUAGAAAAUUUAAUAAGAGAGUUUCAGUAUGAAAAGGCGUUUUGUAAGUAUCUUUCUGAUAUUUUUAUACAUUCUAAAGCUAAAUUUCUUUAAUUUAUUAAAAUGUCAUGUAGGACUUACUUCCAGUAAACUCUUCGGUUGUAUGAUGAAGUUGGCAGAAAUUUACUUAGAUUUCUUCUUUUGUUUUCCCCUCCUUUUAGAAACCUUAACUACUCAAGCAGAGUUUUGAAGUGCAGCAGAAGGAGAGGCAAUCAAAUUCCUGUUCAACCUACAGCAAUUGCAAGAAGAAAAUCUAUUUAUUCUGGUAGGAAAACUCAAGUUGGUGGAAGGCCAGUUAAACGAGCAUUACCACCUGCCCUAAAAGAACAUACUUAUGGAAUAUUCUCUGAGUUACCAAAAAAACAUCGAAAAACAAAACAUAGUUUGACGCAUUGUGUUGAAAAGAAUGUAUCUCUUCCAAAUUAAUUUAUAUUUAUUUUAUUACUAUCAUGCUUUUAAAAAAAUA